CAUCUAUAAAUCUAGAUACUCUAAUAUUAAUGCCCACAGCACAGCGCAACACAAAAGAAUAAAUCAGAAAAGUAAGACUUAUCAUUCAGCAAUUAGCAAAAGAUGGCUCCAGGAUUGGAGGAGAAGCAAAACCAGGAAGGUGGCCAUACAAAUAUUACACAGAGUCUUGCUAUUUACAAGGAUAUACUUGAAACUAAGGAGCCUGAACCAGCACAAGAGCAAGAAAACCAAGUUGGUAGACAUCAAGAAAUUGGACACAAGAGUCUUUUACAGAGUGAUGCUCUUUUUCAGUAUAUACUUCAAACUAGUGUUUAUCCUGGGGAGCCUGAACCAAUGAAAGAACUACGGGAACUGACAGCAACUCAUAAAUGGAAUAUCAUGACAACUUCAGCUGAUGAAGGGCAAUUCUUGAGCAUGCUGCUUAAGCUUAUCAAUGCCAAAAACACUAUGGAAAUUGGUGUUUACACUGGUUACUCUCUUCUUGCCACUGCUCUUGCUCUUCCUGAAGAUGGCAAGAUAUUGGCCAUGGACAUUAAUCGUGAAAACUAUGAAUUGGGUCUUCCAGUCAUUAAAAAAGCUGGUGUUGCUCACAAGAUUGACUUCAGAGAAGGACCUGCACUUCCUGUUCUUGAUCAAUUGAUUCAGGAUGGAAAACACCAUGGGACAUUUGAUUUUAUCUUUGUUGAUGCUGACAAAGACAAUUACCUGAAUUAUCACAAGCGGACAAUUGAGCUUGUUAAGGUCGGAGGAGUCAUCGGCUACGAUAACACCCUAUGGAAUGGUUCUGUUGCGGCACCACCUGAUGCGCCAAUGAGGAAAUAUGUCAGGUUCUAUAGGGAUUAUGUGAUGGAGUUCAACAAGGCCAUAGCUGCUGAUCCAAGGGUCGAGAUUUGCCAGCUACCUAUUGGUGAUGGGAUUACUCUGUGCCGCCGCAUUAGCUGAUCAUUUUAAAUUUGCAGUUGUUAGUUACUGCUGUUAUAUGCUUUCUGCAGCCAUCUGAUAUUUAUGAUGGGAAAAACAACCACAAACGGUAAACAAAUAAAUGCGGAAUUAAUCUCUGUUUGUCUAAA